AUGGGGGACUACGGCACUGCUUCAUAUAUACUCCCUGUCGGAGAUCCACAGCCCUCUGCCUCACCGGAUGAGAUAUCUGUUCUAAUAACUGGCUUUGGGCCCUUCAAGACAAACCAUGUGAAUGCGUCAUAUCUGAUCGCUUCCUCUCUUCCAUCGAACUUUUCUUUUCCAAACUCGGAUUCACGUCGAGUUUCACUCUAUGUGCAUCCCACUCCAAUCCUAGUGGCAUAUGCCACUGUUCGAGAGGCUCUUCCAUUGAUUCUGGAGGAGUUUGCUGCCUCACAUGGUGGUCGCAGACCUGAUCUCAUUGUUCAUAUCGGCAUUGCAGCUCCGCGGCAAUAUUACGCUGUCGAAACUUUAGCUCACCGAGAUGACUAUAACAUGACCGAUGUCAAUGGUCGCCCCGGCUAUGUGGAUGGCGAGAAGCGAUGGAAAGAGUUGGGUCUGCCACCGGUUCUGAUCCCAGGCCGUGCUACAGAUGAUCCGUCCUCUGCUUCGCCUUACCAGCCCGAGGACCAGUUCUUGGAGACGUGGCGCUCUUUUGCUCCCGAGUCGGAUCUUCGGAUCUCCAACGACGCAGGCCACUAUCUGUGUGACUUUAUUUUCUAUACCAGUAUGUCUUUGGCCCAUUUACAAGGACAGGAUCGUAAUGUUCUGUUCCUCCAUGUCCCCGGGGCCUCUGAUGAUGCACAAAUUGAGCAAGGCCGGGUUGUCACACUUGCCCUGAUCAAGACAAUGAUCACAUGUUGGCUGGACAAGAAGCAUUCAGCUUGA